UGUUUUUUACGCUAACCAUCCCAUCUCUAGCUAUAAAACGCGCCUGGUAAAGUUCCUGUUGAUAACAAUGCUUUUUCUAGCAACGGCUGUUAUCUUUAGCAGCGCAAGUUUUGCGCAAGGAUAUUCGUUCGGUUACUACUGGAGAGAUUUCAAUGGAACCGUGUCACCAGAUGCCUUCCCAGGCGGUAUGGACGCCAAAAAUCAACCAGUCUACGUUGCCCUAGCGUACGAUAAAUAUUUAAUAGCUGCCCAAAUCUUCACCAACGACAACAACGCCUACUACUCGUACGGGGCACUAGAACAUGGUGUAAAAAUUAAUAACAAGAUUCUCUGCACGGAGUACCCCGAGCAGUUCGAGUGGAUCCCGACGGAUGCAAACGCUCUCAAGAAAAUCACUGAUAAGUACUUGCUCAAGGGAGGCUGGGAGCCGAAUCUCACCCUGUACAUCGGUAGGGCGAAAUAUGGAAAUGAGGUCCUGGUCGGGAAGGUGCUGGCCGAUUCAACCAUUGAUGGCUUGUACUUUACCAGAAACGGGAAAACACUUCAUACUAAAACGUUUGAUGUGCUCUCUUUUAAAUCGAACCAAUUUAAGGGUAUAUUAGGCGUGCGUAGUGGUAGGUAAUGUUUUUCAAUGAAAUUGUUUUGUAAACGAAAAUGUCGUCAAAUUAUAAUGUGCUAAAGCUUUUUAAUUAAACGGAAUUAUACAUUUAAUUGUGACACAAUUGAAGGAAAUAUGUCUCCUAAAAAUUGAAAACAAGUAUAAAUUGUUUUAACCGAAA